UCGUUCGCUGCUUGCAGUGUGCCCUGCUGUGAAUGCAUUUGCAAUAAAUAAAACCACCUGAUAAAAGGUAACUAAUCGCCUGGCAAACCCCAUCAGGCAUCCCAGACUAAUUUCCUCAUUCUUUCCAACCCUCCACAGGGUGACAUCGGCCAAUCAGAAUGGACUUGCGCUUUACACUGGCCAAUCAGAGCACGAUGCGAGAAGGGGGGCGUCAUCAGGCACGCGGUGUAUAAAAACCUAAACUGUAGGUCGCUGUCACAGAAUUGUAGCUUUUCAGGAUAGUGAUAGAAAAGUCGCAGUUAAGAGGAAAUCAUCACCAACUGUAGUCACGGAUCAAACUUAGCUCUCGUUGUGGUUGUUUCGCUUCUGGUUUCAUCAUGAAAGCCAUCAGUCCCGUCCGCUCGGCGAGGAGCUGCUACAAGGCAGUGUGCUGUAUCUCGGAGCAGAGUCUCGCCAUUAGCCGGAAUAAACACUCGUGUCUGGAGGAGCCGGUGAGCGCCCUGUGCGACAUGAACGACUGCUACUCCAAGCUGAAAGAGCUGGUGCCGAGCAUCCCGCAGAACAAGUCGGUCAGCCAGGUGGAGAUCCUGCAACAUGUUAUUGACUACAUCUUCGACCUGCAGAUCGCGCUGGAGGCGGACGACACAGCCACACCGGAGAUGGUUUUGUCAAUAAAGACUGCGGACCUUACUCGCAAUUUCUCCAAAGAGGAAGGACGAUUGUGCCACUAAGCUGAGAAUGACAAAUUAUGGUGCAGGGAAACACAUGUCUCCACUUCACUCUGGGCAAGAGGACAAGAGGGGCAGAAAGGGUGGGAUAGGUAUUUGGUAAAAGAAGGAGACCAAGAAGAGUUUAAAGAAAGAAAGGACAGAAAAAAGUGGACUGUUUCCUAGAUGAGUGGAAUCAACAGUAGUGCAUGAGCAAGAAAACAGAGACUCAUUCUUUGGCCCCUGGACAGAUGAAUCAACACACCAAAGCAGAAGCCAGGAUUGGAAAGUGAAAGCAAACAGUUUAUGUGCCCUUGUGAACAUACCCGGGAUUCCCUGUAGAAAGAAAUAGAAAUACUGGUACAUUGUUCUUUUGUUUUCUUUUCUUUAAAAAAAUUUAUUUUGAAUUUUUUGAAUUCCAAACAAUGUUUUUGUGGGUUAAACUCAUACCAAACCUGAACCCUUUCUACAUCAUCUCCUGCAUUAUUCAUCCCCUGAUCUGUUUUCUAAUCACCUGGAGACUGUUACGGUUUUAAAUAAGAGUGUAUAUAUAUAUCUGCUGUGGUUAUGUGAGGUUUGAGUCUAUUUGGAUGUUUGUAUUGUUUUCUGAAUGGGAGCUUGGGUUUUAUUAGGCAUAAUCAGAACUCUAUAAUAGAGUUAAUUUUAAAUGUUUGUAGGGAUUGUACUAUUUCUGCAGACAAUGUGCUAUGGGUUUCAUAAACUCUUUAUUAUAAAGUUUGCUUUGUAUGUAUGUAAUGAAAUAAAAAAAGAUGCAAAACCUA